GUCAAAUCCCGUGAGACCAACAAUGCCGCACUAGAACUGCUGGAUGUGGCAGCGCAGCGCAUCGAACGGUUCUAUUCGGGCAGCCUCCUUCAGGAGCGGCACGCCAUGCACCUUGCCUCGGCCUCGAGGCAGGGAAGAACAAAGGAUGCCCCAGAUGUUGACCUGACAUACCGCAAGCAAGGGGGGGCCUCGACUCAGAUCCUCAUGCUCUUCAACAGGAUCAAGGCAGACCUUCAGAAGCAGAUGGCGACUUUGGAGUCCGAGGACAAAGUGGGACAGGCGGAGUACGAAAACAUUGUGGAGAAUUCUAACAAAAAGAAGACGAUCGGCAAUGAGAACCUCGGGAGCAAACAGGCGGCCAAGGCUGAGCUACAGGUCACACUGCAACGAAGUCGCGAUGAGUUGCGAUCCGACAAGCAGGCACUGCUGGCAGUGGAGGAGGAGAUCCAGGGCUUGCAUGCCGAAUGUGACUUCUUAUUGAAGAUCCUCGCCCAACGAAUUCAAGAAGCUGGGGAUUGUGGAUGUGAGAUCUUGACGGCCGAGUUAUGA